AAACGUCAAAAUAUAAAAUCAAUUUCAAUUUGUCAAUAAUAAAGAAAACAGAAAUUACCUUUCUUUUCCUACGACUUAUUUUGUUAUUUCUAAGUGAUUGCAGCUAAAUCCUGAAAGGUAUGGUUAAUUUAGCUGAUGCUUUUAUGAUUAAUACGGUGACGGAAGGAGCUAUGAAUGUGUUACGACAAAUCGGUGUUUUUAAAUCGAAGACCGAGACCUUUCAACCAGCACCUAUAAUAAUAAAAAUGCCUCUUUGGGAGUUAGCUCAAGCGGCAGGGCCGUUUGUCAGGCUCGCAGGACUGAGCGGCGCCGUGGCUGUGGUGCUCGGAGCUAUGGGAGCACAUCGCACAUUUCCCGCAACCGAAGGAAAAGAAGAUUUACGAAAGAUCUUUGAAACAGCUAACAGAUUCCACUUUCUGCAUACCUUAGCUUUGAUGACUGUGCCACUUUGCAGACGACCAUAUAUCGCUGGUGGAUUUUUCAUAGCGGGAAUGGGAUUGUUUUGUGGCACAUGUUACUACCAUUGUUUCACUGGUAACCCCAACUUCCGAAAACUCACUCCUAUCGGUGGAUCCUGUCUUAUCUUAGGUUGGUUGGCAAUGGUCAUAUAAAGCCCUUAUGAAUUAUUGGUGAUCGGUUUAUAGAUUGUAAGUAGUGAUUAUUCCAGUUAUUGUAAUCAUUUGAGUACAUUAGUAUCUAAGACAGUGUUAUCAAAAAUGUAUCAUUUUAUUUUGCACCAAAAUAUUAAAUGGUCCUUUAAAUA